AGAUCCUUUACCAUUGAACUUAGCGCAGAGCCCUUAUACUCGUAUUUCUCCGAUAGCUUAAAACAUGUGAUAAGAUAUGAAGACUCCUGUUAUCAAAGUAGUCGGCGUUUGAACGCAAUUUAUUACCUCGGCUGUUGGUGAGAUUGUAGUUUCGGCUACAAGGGCUCUGGAGUCAACGUACACUUGGUGUGGUGAAUAGCUCCCCAUAACAUCACCAUUGUAGUGAGGUGUGUACAUCUUUCAGCGAUGGGUUACGAAUUGGAUAUGAUCAACAGAGAUCCAAAUAACCUCAAUGACCAUGUCAGGGUAAGUUUGCAAAGCUCAAAUUAUAAAUGAACUGUUUUUAAAAAUGGAUUAAUUUAAGCUAAAAAAAUGCGUACGCGCGUUAUUGACAAGAACCUGUAGGGCAGCGGUUCUCAGCCUGUGGGUCGCGAACCCUAUGGGUUUGGGGGGGGAGGGGGGUCGCAUGACCUUUUCCCAGGGGUCGCCUAAGACCAUCUGAAAACACAUAUGCUCUACAGUUAUGAAGUAGCAACAAAAAUAAUUGUGUGGCUGGGGGUCGCCACAACAUGAGGAAUUGUAUUAAAGGGUCGCGGCGUUAGAAAGGUUGAUAACCACUGCUGUAGAGAAAACGCUGGAAGAUAUAAUGGCGGCUUGAAACGCCAACCAAUCUAUUCUGCUUCUUUUACAAAAGAAAAUAAUAAAAUACAUUUAAAAAAAAAUUAUUUAUACGUCUAAAAUAAUUUUCAUCUUAAUAAUCUAUUCCGUCGAUUUUCAUCCGAUGUAUCGCUUACUAUCAUUGCUAUAUUGGGUACAAACUUUUAAACAAUGUUUAAGAAAAUGCUCAAUAAACAGCUUCUUAGUGUAAGACUUUCUGUCUGCACACGUCAUACAACUUCUUAGUGUAAGACUCACCGUCUGCAUAAGCCAUACAGCUUGUAAGUGUAAGACAUAGUCUUGUUUGCAAUGUUCCGAAAAUCUGCCAUUUCAUGUUUUAAUCAAAAACAUUGCUAAUUUUUUUGUUUUGUUUCUAAACUCAAUUAUAUCCAUCUUGAUGUUAGUUCAAACAAUUAUAGACAGCUAUUCUUUAAUGUUGUCUCCAUUUAUCAUCUGCAAGGGAAUACGCUUCUGACUGCAUUCAGCUUUUCCUCUAUCAUAAUUUCACUUCAUUGUUUAAAUUUGAUUUAUGCUUGCAAUAUACGCGCAGCUUUAUUGUUUGAUUUAUACUUGCAAUCUCCGCGCUGCUUUAUAGUUUGAUUUAUGCUUGCAAUCUCCGCGCAGCUUUAUCGUUUGAUUUAUACCUGCGAUCUCCGAGCAGCUUUAUAAUUUGGUUUAUGCUUGCAAUCUCCGCGCAGCUUUAUAUUUUGAUUUAGGCUUGCGAUCUCCGCGCAGCUUUAUAUUUUGAAUUAUGCUUUCAAUCUCCGAGUAGCUUUAUAUUUUGAUUUAUGCUUUCAAUCUCCGCGCAGCUUUAUAUUUUGAUUUAGGCUUGCAAUCUCCGAGCAGCUUUAUAUUUUGAUUUAUGGUUGCAAUCUCCGAGCAGCUUUAUAUUUUGAUUUAUGGUUGCAAUCUCCGAGCAGCUUUAUAUUUUGAUUUAUGGUUGCAAUCUCCGAGCAGCUUUAUAUUUUGAUUUAUGGUUGCAAUCUCCGAGUAGCUUUAUAUUUUGAUUUAUGCUUUCAAUCUCCGAGUAGCUUUAUAGUUUGAUUUAUGCUUGCAAUCUCCGCGCAGCUUUAUAUUUUGAUUUAGGCUUGCAAUCUCCGAGCAGCUUUAUAUUUUGAUUUAUGGUUGCAAUCUCCGAGCAGCUUUAUAUUUUGAUUUAUGGUUGCAAUCUCCGAGCAGCUUUAUAUUUUGAUUUAUGGUUGCAAUCUCCGAGCAGCUUUACUUCCCGGACUUGUCAAAAUUCAUUGUCGGUUCGCUCGAUCAUUCGCUCAAGAGAAAGACAAGAUCUCUUGACGUCACUAACAAGACACCGCGACGUGUCUCAGGUCUCCGAGUCCGUGAUCAAUAACCGUUAUCAGAUUAUAUCUACCUUAUCAAGGGGUUUUCUGUACUGACGAAAUGCGUUGGGAAACUACAGGAGUAGUACUUUGUGUUUACUUAGUAUAUGUAAUAUAUCUUACGGUCACCAAAAAUUUAAAAAAAAAAUCAAUGACGAAACUAUGAGGCGCGUUCGUAGCUAAUGGCGCCCCUCAGCAAUGUGAGAUUUACGGCCCUUUAAGAGCUGCAUUUUUUAACGUUCCCAUUUUUAUAAUUCGCAUAAAAAUAACGAGAAGAAUUUUAAAUCAGAAGGACUAUAGAAAUCUGGACGAUUUUGGCGGUCAGGGCAAGAGUGCCGAUGCUGAUAUCGAUUUGGCCCAAUUAGUACUACUGAUCAGACAUGCUGGAGUUGGGGAGUGGGUGUGGUGGGUGCAGUGCUGUGAUGUGUGGUAUCAAUGAGUUGUGGUGGGUGCAGUGCUAUGUGGUAUCAAUGAGUUGUGGUGGGUGCAGUGCUGUGUGGUAUCAAUGAGUUGUGGUGGGUGCAGUGCUGUGUGGUAUCAAUGAGUUGUGGUGGGUGCAGUGCUGUGUGGUAUCAAUGAGUUGUGGUGGGUGCAGUGCUGUGUGGUAUCAAUGAGUUAUGGUGGGUUUGUGCAGUGAUGUGUUGUAUCAAUAAGUUGUGGUGGGUUUGUGCUGUGUGGUAUCAAUAAGUUGUGGUGGGUGGGCGCAGUGCUGUGCUGUGUGGUAUCAAUAAGUUGUGGUGGGUGGGCGCAGUGCUGUGCUGUAUAGUAUCAAUCAGUUGUGGUGGGUGGGCGCAGUGCUGUGCUGUGCAGUGUCGUAUCAAUAAGUUGUGGUGGGUGGGCGCAGUGCUGUGUUGUCCCAAUCUUCUACUUAUAUCAAACGCAGGUUGUGUUACCGUUGGGAGGAGGGGGGGGGGGGCGAGUCGCACAAGACACCUUGUGACUCUACCGAUGACAUCAAAUGACAUGGCAUGAAAUCACUAUUAGUAAAUAACAUCACAUGACAUGGCAUGAAAUCACUAUUAGUAAAUAAAUUAUGUAUGUCUUUUAUCAUCCUGAAUAGGGAAACAUUUUAAAAUUAAUAAUUUACAGCUAAAGCUAUUAGACGAACUGCAAAUAGGAGAGAAGAUUUGUUGAUUUUAAAUAGAUUUUAGGAAAUACUUUCAUAAUUCUUUUGUAUUGAACAGGUCAUGUUUGACGAGGUCCUUGGCGAGCCAGACGGCGCCCACUCCUUCAACUGCGUGUGGAACUGCUCCUACAAGUGCUUCGAGUGCUGCAAGGGCUGCUGCUACAAGUCCUUGACCAUGUGCUGCGGCAUCCCCGUGGCCAUCUGCUGGGGCUGUCAGUUCGCCUACAUCACCUUCUGGCACGUGUGGUACAUCACGCCGUGCAUGCGGACGUACAUGAUCAGCUGCGGCUGCCUGCAGAAGUUCUACGGCACGUGUCUGCAGUGCUUCUGUCAGCCCCUGUUCGAGGCGUACAGCUACUGCUUCAGUAAUAUAAAGGUGACCAGUCUUACUGGAUAACACAGGCACGGAGACUGUGAACCUCGACAACAAGUUGAUGUACAAAGCUAGGUCCGGAUUAUCGAAAUUGAUGACAGAAAACAAUUACACGUCAUAUUUGAGAUAGUUAUCAUAUAUUUUUAUAACAAGAUAGUUUUCAGGCAAAGAAAAGAAUCCUCCAACCAAUAUUUAAGGAAAAGUAAAUAUUUAACAUUCUUGGUUUUAUAAAUAAAAUGAAAUAACAUUUAAUUUUAUUUUGUGGCCCCAGUUUGAGUUUUAUAAUGGACAGACGGUCAUCGCUUGAGUUAUUUCAAAAUGUAAGAAAAAGUAUUAUUUAACAAUAUUCAGAGAUGAUAGCUGGAAGAUUUACACCCCCUUGAUGGCUAGAUCUUAUACUGUCUAUGUUUAUUACAGACGCUGAUAUAUUAUUGGUUAAUCAUUUAUAUUUAAACCAGAUUGUAAAUAUGUUUUGAAAAUAACAACAAAUACUGAAUCCAAUGCUGCCUGUGAUAUUUGUAUUAUAUUUUAUAUUAGAUUUAAAAAAAAAUUUAUACUUUUUUGUCUGUGAUAAGAAAUAUACAUCCUCUACUUUCUGAAUAAAACUCAAAUUAUUUAAAGCCAACUA